AUGCAUCCUUUGCUGUUCUUCUCUUUAGCCUUCUACUCCCUUUCUUCUCCAUCCUCUACAGAAGCCAAUGAAAAUCCUAGUGGCUUCACCAUCGACCUUAUCCACCAUGAAUCACCACUCUCACCCUUCUACAACCCUUCCCUCACCCCAUCAGAGCGCAUCAUAAACGCUGCCGCACGCUCCAUUUCUCGCCUAAACAGAGUUUCCCACUUCCUAGACCAAAACAACAAACUACCGGAAUCAAUUUUGAUCCCAGACAAUGGUGAAUACCUCAUGAGAUUUCACAUUGGUACUCCUCCCGUCGAAAGGCUUGCUAUUGCAGACACAGGGAGUGAUCUCAUUUGGGUACAAUGUUCCCCUUGUGUCCAUUGUUUUCCCCAAAACACCCCCUUCUUUCAACCACUCCAAUCUUCCACAUUCAUGGGUACCACAUGUGACUCACAACCAUGCUUAUUACUCCCCCCUCACCUCCGCCAUUGCGGAACCUCAGCUCAAUGCAUCUACAUAUAUCAAUACGGUGACGAAUCAUUCACCUCAGGGUUAUUGAGUACCGAAACCCUAAGUUUUGCUUCCCAAGGUGGGACACAAACUGUUUCUUUUCCUAACUCUAUCUUCGGUUGUGGAUUGUACAACAACUUCACUGUUUUUUCCAGCGACAAAGUAACUGGACUAGUGGGUCUUGGAGCUGGACCAUUGUCGUUGGUUUCACAAAUCGGUGACCAAAUCGGUCAUAAAUUCUCCUACUGCUUGCUUCCUUUCAAUUCAACCUCCACCAGCAAGUUGAAAUUCGGGGACGAUGCAAUAAUAACUGGAAACGGUGUCGUGUCCACCCCGUUGAUAAUCAAACCUUCGUUACCCAGCUUUUACUUCCUCAACCUGGAAGCCGUCACCAUUGGACAAAAGACGCUGGCAACAGGUAGCACUGACGGCAACGUGAUCAUUGAUUCGGGCACCGUGUUGACGUACCUUGAACCAACCUUUUACUACAAUGUCGCGGCUUCGCUGCAAGAAACCCUUGGCGUUGAGUUACUGCAAGAUAUUCCGUCACCAUUACACUUUUGUUUUCCGUAUCGUGAUAAUUUGGCUUUUCCUGCAAUUGCGUUUCAGUUCACCGGAGCUAGUCUUUCGCUGAGACCUGAACACCUGCUUAUUGCGCUCGGAGAUACCAACAUGCUUUGCUUGACGAUGGUGCCAAGCACACUGAGCGGAAUUUCCAUCAUUGGAAGCUUUUCACAGUUCGAUUUUCAAGUGGAGUAUGAUCUCGAAGGGAAGAAAGUUUCCUUUGCUCCUACCGAUUGUUCAAAAGUUUAA